AUGCCACUCUUUCGUGAGGAGAAUUUUCUCAUAAUUCAUACUGGGUCUCAACAUACCUUAUUCACAUUUGGCUUGCAAGACUCGUUAUCCCCUCCACAGUAUAAGAUUCCUACGGCUGUUUACCUCGACAAGUCUAGCAACGUAUAUCACCCUGCGAAUACUGGCAACUACGAGGAGAUAUGGCCUGUACAAAGUUCACGAAUUGUUGACAUUAAAGCAUAUCAGGCUCUUUUGAAGUUUGUUUUACAAACGAUCAUCGCCAGAUACCCUAUUCUUACCAUCAACCAGGUAUCCCUAUUAUUAAUCGUACCUUCCUUAUCCUACUCACGUUCUGCUGUGGAGCAAAUUACAAGAUAUGUAUUCGAGACUUUGGAAUUCACAGCGUUCAACAUUUUGGAUCUCUCGAUAGCGUCUACUUUUGGUCUCGCUACAAUGUCAUCUGCUUUGGUGGUUAAUGUCGGCCAUGAGAGUUCUCAAGUCAUGCCUGUGAUCGGUGGAACCGCCAUAAAGCACGCUGGGAAGCGUCUCGAGAUUGGAGGAAAAUCUAUCACCGAUGAAUUAAGGAAGUUGUUACCUCAUUUGUCGGAGGCACAAAUCACGGCUUUGAAGCAUUCAAAAAUCUACGAAGUAUUGAGUGAUCACAGCGAGUCUUUCUACUCUCUUGCCGACCUCAAGGAGGAUAAGACCAAUCAAGAUGACGAUUUUGAUGUUGCUAAAUUGGUGACUGAAGAAAAUCAAAACGGAAUUGGUGUUUCGGACGAGAAAGCAGACGACAAUGAGAGCGAGGAAGAAAAGAAGCCCAAUAGUGAAUUGGAGAAGAACUGGUUCAAAGAUCCUAUUUCGGGCAACAAAAUUUACAUUGGUAAAGAACGUUUUCAGGGAGCUGACAAGUUAGUGGAUGCGCUUUGUACGGCCAUAUACGAAUCAUUGCAGGCUAUUCCUGACUUGGAUAAGAGACAAGAGUGCUACGAUAACAUAAUUCUCACAGGGUCUACUUUCCAUAUUGAGGGCUUGAAGCAAUCAGUUAUUUUCAAGCUCUGUGAGCGUUAUUUGGUAAGACCACCCAAUACUAAGAAGGGCCGUAAGGUAACGGAGAAUGGCAUCAACUCUACUAUCGCAGCCUAUCAACAAACCGAUGACGCCUCUCAAGACUCAAAAGGCUCUGGUCCUCUUCAGAACCCUUCGCUGGUAAAGCUUGCGAAACAUCCAGAUUACUUCCCUGAAUGGAAACGUCCCAAAGAACACGGCGGCUCUUGGCUAGAUGUGUACUUCUUGGGAGGAGAGAUAUACUCCAAACAGGUAUUUGGUGCUAAUUCCAACCAUGGUGGCGAUUCAUUCAUCGAUACUGAUAUAUACGAGGAAAGAGGGCCCCAAGCAAUAUGGGAUGUGGUCCUUUAG